ACGAACGCUCGGCAGUGCAUAUAUGUAGGGCCCCAGAGGUUCCCAAACGGAGACUGCAUAGAGCGAAAUAACGCGAUGAUGCGUGAAGUGUUUGCCGUUGUCUUCGUUUUCUCGCUAUGCAGCACCAACGUUAUCCAAGCCAAGCUCGGAGCACCGGGUGGUCCCAUGAAGUUGAAGUUGCUCCAUCUACCGGACAGCUUCAAGAUCAUCUCGAGCUGGGAGUCCGCACUAGCCAUUGCGGUCUCGGACCCCACGUUCGACUGUAUGAUGGCUAAUCGCACCACUAUUGACUACGAGGCACAGACAGCAACCUUCGUGUGGACCCUCCGUGAGACCGAUCGUUCGCCAAGGCAAGAAGUCACGUUCUUGGUCAGGCCUGGACUUGUACCUCACACCAUAGAGACGUCCGUAGGCGAUGGCAAGUGCAAAUUUUUCAUGCAACAUCCUAAACCAAUAGUGCAUUCCUACGACAGACUGUAA